AUGAAAGCCGUCAAUGUAAGCUUUAUGUCCAAUGCCAAAAUUCUCUUUGCCAGUAUGAAUUUACCAGAGAAAUCUACAAUUGGAAAGUUAAAAGAAGGACUUAAAAACAAAAUUGACGUUUUUCAUUACGGAGACAUUAUUAUAAUAGAGCAACAAGCAAAUGGAAACUUUGACGUUCUCGAAGAUACUAAAACUAUCGGCUCAAUUAGUGCAAAAGGCGAAAUUAAUUUGAAAGCCAUGCCUCGCUUUGUUUUAUGCGGUUUCAAGCAAUGCGAAACAUAUUCUCAAAAGCAAAUAGAUGUUUUGAAGCCAGUAUUCCACAUUAUGUUCGACGUUCUUAAUGACAUUCCUCUAGUUUAUUUAAUGGGCUACCAGUAUCAACGCGAAGGCAAGAAAAACAUUGUUUACAAGAUGCUUUCAUACUCCCUUCCAUUAUGCGUUCAAGGCUGGUUCCAUGAUACAUUAUUUAUCGUUCAAAAAAUUCCUCCAAUAGAUAUUUGGAAUUAUCCUGAAACAACAAUCGCAAAUUACUUAGAAAACUUCAGACUUGCAAACAAAAUGUCAAUUUCGGCUUAUUCUCUCGAUGCUUGGGGUAAAAUCGCCGCAUUUCAAUUUUUAUCAGAAAAAAUACCUCAAAUUACAGAAACAUACGUUCGCCAGAAUAUAUCGCGUUGCGUACCAGUAGAAGUCAAGAAUUCUUCCGAAAGCGAAUUGAUAGAACGAACAAUUUUUCAUAUCAGGAAAAACAAAGUUACAGAUCCUAAGACAGCCAAGCAAUACUACUUCAAUACAAUUAUCAGUGACGGUUGCCAGGCCGGUUUCAUGGAAAAAGUCAAGUUUAAAGUGGUCGGAGGAUUAUUUUACCAAAGAAGGUAUAUUUACAUAUCCCAACAGCGCGUUUACAUUACCAAAGACUUGUCCACCAAUAUUGUCGAUGAAGAACUCACUACUUACCUCAGAAAAACGUAUUAUGAUGGCGAAAAUUUAAUUGUCGAGUUUGACUCGAAAGUUAAGUGGGCCAUGAAGACCAAACGCGCCAAGAUCAUCAAAACCGCGAUCGAUGAUAUCAUUACAUGCAAAUUCGCCGACUUUGUGAUUCCAGAAUCGAAAAGUACCGAAUUUGACAUCAAAAUCAACGAUCCAUCCAAAACAGACCAGUUACCAAACAACGAGGAAGAGAUUGCUGUUGUUGCUCCCAUUCAUAAAUUGGCAGAAAACGAGUUUGAUUCGAUAAGUUCGACAGAAGAGAGUUUGUUUAAGAUGUCAAACCCAGGAUUGACAAUUUCGCCAUCACUACAAUCAAUAGGUGCUGACGAAGAGUCAACAAAGUCAGGAAACAAAGUUAGAAAUCUAAAAAUUGUUCCGAAAUGCAUUCCAAAGUUUAAGAUUCCUGAUCCGGAGACAUCCAAUGAUUCAAUUGAUGUUAAACUCAAAUCUAUGAACGUGAUUUCUAUUGUUCAACCAGUUGAAGAAAAUAUUAAUUUAUCUGAAGAAGAAAAAGUACUUCCAAGCGCUGAGGAUUUCUUCCAAUACACAGGAUAUGAAGAAUUCACUAACAACAAGGCGCUUCUUCUCUGGCUUUUAUUCUUUUCUUUCAUUAUCUCUGUAACUAGAUUCCUUAGUGGAUCUUCUAAGAAAUAA